AUGGAGCUCGCGACGGGGCAUCUCGGGGACGCCCUCCCCAUCAUGAACACCAUGAACGCCCCCGUGGAGCUCUGUGAGCGCAUCAAGGAGCGCUUCCUGAACUUCUUGAACGAUUUCAUCUUGCAAGAUCGGGGGGAGCCGGAGCUCAGUCAGCUGAGCGGAGCCUCAGGCAGCAACUCCACACCUCACUACGUCGACCAGCUGGGGGUGCUGAGGGAGCGGGACCUCACCACCCUCAGUGUGGAUUUUGAGCAUCUCAGUUUGUACGACCAGACACUUGCUGUGAACGUGGCAGAGGCAUACUACCGCCUUGAGCCCUUCCUCAAGACCGCCCUCGCGGCCUUUGUGCGCCAGCACCUGGACAUCUAUGCGGAGCAGGAGGACGGCUCCCCCAAGGAGUUCUGGGUGUCGUUCUACAACCUGGAGCAAGGGGACAGGCUGCGCGAGCUGCGGUCCAACAAGAUUGGGAAGCUGAGCCAGUUUGUGGGAACCGUCACAAGGACAACGGAGGUCCGCCCUGAGCUGUACAAGGGCACCUUCAGGUGCAUGCAGUGCAUGCGCGAAGUGGUGAGAGGUGUGGAGCAGCAGUUCAAGUACACCCAGCCCCUGAUCUGUCCUGAUGCCACCUGUGGCAACAGGAUUGCCUGGUCCCUGCUCAUGGACGAGUCGCAGUUUGUCGACUGGCAGAAGGUCAAGGUGCAGGAGAACCCGGACGAGGUCCCCGCCGGCUCCCUCCCUCGCACCAUGGAGGUCAUCCUGCGCAACGACCAGGUGGAGAGCGUGCGCCCCGGCGACAAGGCCUGCUUCACCGGCUGCCUGGUGGUGGUGCCCGACGUCGCCGCCCUCACUUACCGCCUGGCCUUCCUGGCCUGCGCCACGCGCCCGCUGGACGUCGGGUCCGGCGUGGUGAACAUCCGGGGCGGGGAGGAGGAGGACGGCCCCGCGGCCGUCCUGGCGGGGCUGACCCAGGAGCAGGCGGAGUCGCUGGAGGCCAUGCGGCGCGACGCCUCGCUGUACGACCGCCUGGCGGACAGCGUGGCGCCCCACGUCUGGGGCCACCGCGACGUGAAGCGCGCGCUCCUGCUCAUGCUGCUGGGCGGCGUGCGGAAGAGCACGCGCGAGGGCAUCGCGCUGCGCGGCGACAUCAACGUGGCCAUCGUGGGCGACCCCGCCUGCGCCAAGAGCCAGCUGCUCAAGUGGGUGGCGGGGUUCCUGCCGCGCGCCGUGUACACCUCGGGCAAGGCCAGCAGCGCGGCGGGGCUGACGGCCACCGUCGUGCGCGAGGCCGACUCCGGCGAGUUCUGCAUCGAGGCCGGGGCGCUGAUGCUGGCGGACAACGGCAUCUGCUGCAUCGACGAGUUCGACAAGAUGGAUGUGAAGGACCAGGUGGCCAUCCACGAGGCCAUGGAGCAGCAGACCAUCUCCAUCGCCAAGGCAGGCAUCCAGGCCACGCUGAACGCGCGGACCAGCGUGCUGGCAGCGGCCAACCCCGCGGGCGGGCGCUACGACCGCUCCAAGCCGCUCAAGUACAACGUGGCGCUGCCCCCCGCCAUCCUCUCCCGCUUCGACCUGCUGCAUGUCAUGCUAGACGAGCCCGACGCGGCGCUGGACCGCGCCAUCGCGGGGCACAUCCUGGACGCGCACCGCGGGCGCGGCGCGGUGCUGACCCCGCCCUACGCCCAGGCCGACAUGCAGCUGGAGGCGCUGGUGCGGCUGAGCGAGGCGCUGGCGCGCCUGCACCUGCGCGCUGAGGUGCGCGCCGCAGACGUGCGCGAGGCGCACCGCCUGGUCAAGAACAGCAUCGUGUCGGUCGACGCGCCAGACCAGGAGCUGAACCUGCUGGUGCUGCGGCUGCGCCAGGCGGACGACGAGGCCGGCGAGGCGGUGGACGAGGAGGGCGCGCCCGAGGCGGGCCUCACCCAGCGCGACCUCCUGCGCUGGUACUUCGAGUACAUGGUGGAGCGCGGCGCGGUGGCGGGGCAGGAGCAGGGGCUGGAGGAGCUGGUGCUGGCCGAGAAGGUGCUGGGCACGCUCAUCCGGCGCGAGCACGUGGUCAUGGUGGUGCAGACCCCGGCCCAGGCCGAGGGCGAGUCGCCCGCCGAGUACGGCCGCCGUGCGCAGCUGGAGCGGGUGCUGGCCCUCAACCCCAACUACUCCCUGGACUGA